AAAGCCCCCAGACAUCCCUACAGGAGAGAAGUAGGUCUGAUCAGGAGAGAAUAUCAUAUUUGAAAAUGUCAAACUAUGUUCAGGACUUUGAAGAUGAUGAACAGUUUCAGAGCACAGUGGUUGCUUCACAGUCAUCCAAUGGCAGCCCCACUAACACAAGCGUGACUGAAGCUGCUACUGAUCAUGCCUCAACUCCUGCCCCUCCACCUUCGAGGAAGAAGAGGAACCUCCCUGGAAACCCAGACCCAGAUGCGGAAGUCGUGGCACUGUCUCCUAGGACCCUAAUGGCGACGAACCGGUACAUUUGCGAGGUGUGCCUCAAGGGGUUCCAAAGAGACCAGAACCUUCAGCUCCACAGGAGAGGCCACAACCUGCCCUGGAAGCUGAAGCAAAGGCCGAGCAUGCAGCCGAAGAAGCGAGUCUACAUCUGCCCUGAGCCCAGCUGCGUCCACCACGACCCAUCCCGGGCCCUGGGUGAUCUUACGGGCAUCAAGAAACACUUCUGCAGGAAGCACGGGGAAAAGAAGUGGAAGUGUGACAAAUGCUCAAAAAGGUAUGCGGUGCAGUCGGACUGGAAGGCCCACACUAAGAUUUGCGGGACUAGGGAAUACCGUUGCGACUGUGGCACUAUUUUCUCGAGAAAGGACAGCUUCGUAACGCACAGAGCCUUCUGUGAUGCGCUGACUGAAGAGAACAACAAGAUGAUGAUGAUGAGCCAACGGAGUCACCUUGCUGCCUCCGCUGGUGCUGGAGGAAUCCCACAAAGCCAAACGCAGGAGCUCUUCACCUCGUCAUUGACCACCGCCGAUUCCUCCACCACCACUGCCGAUGCUGCCCCGAACACGUUCACGAACCUCUUCGGCAACAAUAACAAUCCUCUAAUGACGCCACCGUUAUCUUUAAACCCCACGGGUCUCAUGAUGAUGCCCAGUUCGUUAGAUCCUUUCAGUCACAGAGCUCAGAAGGCCUUUGGCAACGCUUCGCUCAGCAUCACUUCUGUGUACACUUCAGCGACAGCUCUGCUCCAGAAGGCAGCAGAGAUGGGCGCGAAGAUCAGCGAUAACGCAAUUGCCCCGAUACUCCUCAAGGGGUUCUCCGGUUACUCUACCAAUAACACAGAGGCAGUAAUGGCGGAUAAUAACAGUGAUAACAACAGCAACGGUUUCCAUAAGACGAUGGAUACUGAGAGCUCGAUUCCCAUCCAUCACCAACAGAUUGGAGUCGGCCUUUUGCCCUCAAAUGCAGAAUCCCUGGCAGGCAACGGACUUCUACAGGGUGGAGGUGGGGAGAUUUUCAUGGGAGAAGGGGAGAAGAUGACGGUCGACUUUCUGGGGGUUGAUCCUGAUGGGAUGAAUGCAAGAGGCGGUGUAGGCGGUGUCGGGACAAAGAGAAGCUUUCAUGAUGAUCAGCAAAACCUGGAGAGCUUCCACUCAGGCUGGUGAGACUGAUAGGCAACCAGUCAGUCAGUAUCCUAGUUUUAGGAUUUAAAAAACCGAACAUUUUUCCGAAAUCUCUGUUCUCUUUUCUUCUGAUACUUUCAUUUUACGGUGUUUCUUGAACCAUUUGUUGAUUCCCAAAUUAACUCAUGUGGCCAGUGACAGUAGGAUUGUCCUGAGUGGGUUGAACCGAA